CUCCCAGGCAGGCAGCACCUGUGUUUUGCUGCUAUUAUAAAAUCACAGACCUUUGGAAGAGGAAGGCAGAGUGUGCUGGAGAAGAGAAACCUGCUCCGGAGCUGUCUGCCAGGUGGUUCCUGUGGAGGAAGCAGCCAUGUCAGCUCUGUACCCAUCACUGGAGGACAUGAAGGUGGAUCAAACCUUGCAGGCUCAGGCGAAUGCAGCCGCCAGGGCUCUGGCUGGGGUUGCAGAGAAGUCAGAGCCAGCAGCGGCCCCACCUGUUCUGUACCCAAACCUCACGGAGCUUGGGGACUACAUGGGGCUCUCGCUCUCCAGUGACGAGGUCCAGAAGGACCUAGCCCUGGUCCCAGCAAGUGGCAACGCAGGGGCCCUGGUCCCUUCCUCCCAGGGUGUGCUGGUCGCCCCACUGACGGGAAACAACCUCGGGCUGCGCAGGGCAGAGAUCAAGCCAGGCCUGCGGGAGCUCCACCUCUGCAAGGAUGAGCGCGGGAAGACUGGGCUCCAGCUGAAAAGCAUCGACCAGGGGGUGUUUGUGCAGCUGGUUAAGGCCAACUCCCCAGCGUCCCUCGUCGGGCUGCGCUUCGGGGACCAGGUGCUGCAGAUCGACGGGAAGGACUGCGCCGGCUGGAGCACAGACAAGGCCAACAGGGCCCUGAAAAAGGCCGCCCCGGAGAAAAUCGUCGUGAUCGUGCGAGACAGGCCCUUCCAGCGCACGGUGACGAUGCACAAGGACAGCACGGGGCACGUGGGGUUCGUCAUCAAGAAGGGGAAGAUCGUUUCUCUCACCAAAGGCAGCUCUGCAGCCCGGAACGGCCUCCUCAUCAACCACUACAUCUGUGAGCUGAACGGGCAGAACGUCAUCGGCCUGAAGGACAAACAAAUCCUGGAUAUCCUGGUUACAGCUGGUAACGCCGUCACCAUCACCAUCAUCCCCACAGUGAUCUACGAGCACAUGGUCAAACGGCUGUCACCUGGGAAGAUCAAGUCAUCCAUGGACCACUCGCUUCCUGAUGCUUAAAGUCCGGCCCCUGGUCAGCGGGAGCUCAGCGAAUCUUCCUUCCUCUUAUUAAACACAAUAUACCAAAGACUUCCCUACAAUGCCGGGAAAACAGGUGCAUCUCUGUGGGGGAUAUUCUAGAGCAAAAACCAACUGUUUCCUUUAAUCUUUUAUUCAUUCACCUGGACAGGCUGGAGCCUUGUUUUGUCCAUCCAGUCGGCUGGUGUCCGAAGGAGCGCGGGGAGGUGGAGGUGGGUAGAGAUGCGGGUGUACAUACACAGAAGCGAGGUGAAUGGGUGUGGGGGGGCCUCCCUGGUGGAGGUCACAUGAUGCAACCCUUUCAAGACCCACACAGAGAGCUGUUUUAAUAAACUCAAUUAAAGCUG